ACUAUUCAUUCAACAUUAGCUCAAUACGUCACGUCAAUUCUUCGUACACUCUAUAGCUUCCUAGAAAACAACAUGGCGGAAAGACCAGACGUGGAGUUUGCGCGGCUGUUGAUGCAAUGUUAAGAGCUGCCAAGUAUCAUGCUAUGGAGAGAAAUAUAUCGAAGGAAACUGGGUAUUCCACAAUGAUUGUUGAUUCACUGUGAUAUGCACUGGUUACAAACCACCAGUAGGAUGAUUUGUUUCAAUUUGUGAAACAUCAACGCUAGAAUGGAUUCAGGAUUGCAAGUGAAACAACGACCAAAUAUAGGGCGAUCUGUGUCCGAGGGUCCAGCCAUUGUUAUUGAACACGCCACAAUUAAUCCAGGGAGAAAAAGUUUACCGCCAAAACAAAGGUCACUGUCUCUUGAAACUCUUAUUGCAAACGCUAAAUUAAUAUUUGACGAAGAUGAAGUUGACAAAGCACGAUUUGUUGAAACAGCGGGCUGUAAAUUGGCGUUUAAAACUUUAAUAAAGUAUCGUUGUGUUGGUAUCAUAGGUCCAACUUGUAGCGGGAAAUCAACAAUAGUACGUCACAUUGUAAACAAGUGCUUGCGGAAUAACUCGGAUUCGAUGAAACUGGAACCAGUUCUACUGAAUAAACCGACCGAUUGGGAUUUAGUACCUAAAAUUGUUAGACCUAACAGUGACGAGGAUAAAUACAUCGUUAUUAUAAAGAAUAUGUUCGGUGUUAACAGCUUGAAGAAAGAUCUAAUUGAAGAGUGGAUCAGAAAUUUAGAAGCCAUGGAUAAAAUGUUAAAAAGAGGACAGGUAUUUGUGGUGUUCACGUGUAAAACUCUCAUCUUUAACAAAUGUAAAUCAAACUUAAAUUACGAUCUGUUCGACAAAGAUCGGUUGGUUUUCUUACAUGAGGACAAAUUUAAAAUAACGGAUGGGGAAGGGAUCAAAAUACUCGAAAAAUUAAAAAUUCCCCCUGAUCAAAUAGUGAUGGAUAAUUUGAGUAAAACUGUGCUUUUUUAUAACUGUCGUAACUUAAUUAAAGUCUUUAAAAAGUCAAAAUCCGAAGAUAGAUUAAAAUUAUUUCAGAAGUCACAUGAAUUUUGGGAUCGCGAAUUAAAGAAUCUUGCGGACGAUCCAGAAUCACUUUCUGCGCUUUUGAUGAUUCUAUUGCUUGGUGAAAAUGUGACCAGCGUACAACUCCGGGAGGACAGUGUAACCAAAUCAAUUGUUCGUCAAUCUAUAUCCCUGACCGCUAGUCAUGAUAUGGAAACAUCGUGUCAGCAUCUUGUUGGGUCAUUUUUAACGUUUGAUGUUGCCAGUGCGUCUUAUUCAUUUAUAGAAAAUGAUGUUAGAGACUGUGUUUUAAGUAUGAUCUGGAGACGGGAUGGCUUUAACCACAAGGAGAUUAUCGCUAGAUGUCCGCUUGAUUUAAUUCUGGACAGAAUCACCACUGAAUGCCCUGCUAAAAAGGGCGAAUUAUUAGUAGUACAACAAGAUAUCCAAAAUAUUGCACGGCGUCUACCCACCGAAAUUCGAAAUAAUGCCAAACUGCUAGAGUGUUCCGGUCUAUAUAAAGGCUCAUUUAUGGAAUCUUUGUUCGGAUGUGUUGAACGUAACCUUAAACUUCAGUUAAGUGACACUUUGUUCGUUAGUAUUUGUUAUAUGGGCGAUUACAAAUGUUUAAAACUGAUUCAUAAAUUCAUUUCAAGAACACGGCUUCAUGACACUUCUGAAGAAGGGGCACCUAUAGUAAAUGCAAUAAAAUCAAAAAUCGACAGUCGAGUUAAAACGACUUUAUUGGUAGAGUAUCGGUGUGAGGUGGGUGGAUUGGGUAAAUAUAACAGGAACAUACUGCAUUAUAUCAGUGAAUAUUGGGAUGUGGCUAAUAUACUUCAUUUCAUUAAGGAGUAUCAGAGGGUUAAGCCAUUAAUUAACACUAAGGACAGUAGUGGACAAACGCCCUUUCAGCUGGCUAGUUUGCAUAAUAAUGAUAUGCGUGUAUUGGUUUAUUUAAAAGACAUUGGUGCUGAUGUGAAUCAUAUUGACAAUAAUAGGAAGACAGCCCUACAACUCGUUCUAGAAAAUAGGGAUGCGGACAUUGAUAGGGUGGAGCUUCUAGUGAAUUUAGACGCCCGGAUGAAUUGUGAUGGUAACAGUUGGUCUGUCUUUCACCUCGUAUGUUCUUUGAAAUCAAACGUGGGUAAAAUGAUGAAACUACUGGCAAAUGGCACAAACAAACAUCUUAUAAACAGUCGGGAUAUGAAUGGUUUAACACCUUUACAUUACGCAGUUCGUGAAGAGAAUCUUGUUGCUGUUGGUACCCUGUUGGACCUUGACGCUCAGUCCCAUACAAACGUAAUAAACAUUCAAGAUAAAGAGGGUUUAACGCCACUUCAUUACGCAGUGAAAAGGGGGAAUAUUGAAAUCGUCCGAGAACUGUUAGAUCAUGGUGCUGAUGUAUCAAUCGAAGAAGAUGGUGACAGUUUAACACCCUCGCCGAUUGAAUGUGAAACCCAUCGCGCUCAUAACGUAAUAAAUACUCAAGAUAAGGAGGGUUUAACGCCACUUCAUUACGCAGUGAAAAGGGGGAAUUUUGCUAUCGCCCGAGAACUGUUAGACCACGGUGCUGAUGUAUCAAUCGAAGAAGACGAUGACAAUUUGACACCCUUGUCGAUUGCAUGUAAAACCUAUUGCGACAAUGACGACAUUGUUAACAUUGUUAAGCUGUUGAUAGCACGUGGAGCAGAUGUAAAUCAUAGACACCGUUUCAACGAAACACCGUUACACGAAGCUACGGAAAAUGGUCUAGUCCAUUGUGUAGAGUGCUUGCUGGAAAAUGGCGCUAAUGUAAACAGUCAGUCUAAAUGCAAUAAAAAGACUCCGUUACAUAUGAUAUUAAAAACACCUAAACGUAAAAGGGUUGAAAUAUUGGGGCUGUUGAUUAAAUAUGGCGCUAAUGGGAAUAUUAGGGAUGGUAACGAUAAAACUGUUCUCGAUUUAGCGAAAAAAAGCAAACGAUAUUCAGAUAUUGAAGAUUGCUUGGCAAAUCUUAUGGAACAAACAUUUCUAAUUAAAGUGUAAAAUCUCUCUAUGGUAGUAACACUUCCGGCUUACAGAUUCAUUUUUACAAUCAAAGUAAAUAUUAUAAUUUUAAACAAAAAAAGACGAGUUUAAUUUCUAAAACCUGCUUAUUGUUUUUAUCUAUUUAAAAACUAAACAUUAAAAUACAAAAUAUUGAAUAUGUUUUCUGUAGAAUUUAUUGGGUUUUUUUUCAUAGUUGAUGACCAGAGAGAGAGAGUUUUGCAAUGGAGCAAUCAGGUCGAAAUAAUCAAACCUAUGAAAAUAAAUUCGCCGGAAAUCUCAAAUCUCGAGGGUAAUCAACAUUUGAGGCUAGAUAAAAAAAAGGGCCCAUAAUAGGCAUAUUUAGGUCCUAAAUAAUGUAUCUUUAAACUAACUAACUAAUGUAUAUAACUGAUGACUUUGAUCUAUUAGUGUCGUAUGUUUUCAUUUGUAACAGUUAUUUGUUGCUUAGUCAACGAUAUCAACGUUACAGUGGUAAUGUGUUGAAUAGUAAAAUAGAUUUAUAAAGGGAGAUAACUAUGUAGUAACCGUUUGUUUACACUUCUAUUAUACGUUUCCAUUGUGGAUUUGUGGGCGAUUGGUGAUGAUUAAGGGUGGGGCAGGGGUGCAAGAACACCUGGAAUAUGAUAUCGAAACGAAACAUCAUUAUGAUCUGAGAUACUCAUGACUUCAUAGCGAUAUAAAUGGAAACGUUUUAUUGGUUUUAUAUUUAGAAACCAUGACCUAUUUUUUGUAAGGGGUGGUUAACGUCCUCCUCCACCAACAAUAAUAUCGCAGUCAGAACCAGUCAGGUUGAGGGUUAUAAAUUCAGUUUUCAUCCCCGUAGUUGUUAUAGGUAUUAAAAUAUAGUGGAAUGCAAUUUAUUGUUAUAUAAUUGUUAUGUAAUUGUUGUGUAAUUGUUAGUUCGUUGUUGUGUAAUUUAUUUAUAAAUUAAAACUACGUGAAAUAAUA